AUGUCUGCCUCAACUGUUUCCGCCUCCACCGCCAACUUUCCAUCCGAUUCUCGCUCAGGGCCCCGCCGACGAUUGAGCCAACUCCGUGCCUACACCCAGAAUCAUUUUUCUCCUCACGCAUCUUCGUCGACCUCGUCCGCUCCUACCCAGCGCUCUUCUCGUCGACAUACUUUUAGUAGUCGUGUGCCCUGGUUUUCGCCAUCCCCAACUUCGCCGACAAGUCCUGAGCCUUCGUCUCUCCCUUCAGAAGGGACCUCCAACCCAGCUCCAUGCCCCAACACCGAGCAAUCCACCCUAGCUCGCUAUAGCUCUGCUAUCUUCCCCCAAUAUCGCGUCGCCGACAUUGAUUUGAGCUCCCGCGAUCGUUCCUCCGAUUCUUUCCGCUCGACCCCUUCGAACGACUCUGGUGACCAGGUAUCUGAGACGAUGGCGCGGCCAGGCGCUUCUACAGCAACGUCAGACGCGCGAAAUGACACGCAGCCAACCAGCCCAGCGGGAUCCAUGAAUCCUACGAGCGGGAUUCCUGAUGGUUCCGAUCCGACCGCGACUGGCAGUUCGUCGUCCCUUCAGCCGAAGGGGAAGGCCACCAUCCGCUUUUUCCCCCACCAGGAGACCAGCCAGAGUUCCAAGCCGUCCCUGAACUUCAUCCCCGUCUCACGCACGCUGCCAUCUGAUAGCAGUGUGAUUCGUGUGGGCCGAUACUCGGAACGCGAUGGCCUCCAUGUGCCCAACCCGACCGAACCGUCAGAUGCCCCUGUGGGGUUCAAGUCGAAAGUUGUGAGUCGCAAACACUGCGAGUUCCUAUACAUCAAUGGGCAAUGGCAUAUCAAGGACGUGGGGAGCUCCUCAGGGACGUUCCUGAAUCACAUGCGAUUGAGUCAGCCGAACAUGGUGUCGCGGCUGUAUACCAUCAAGGAUGGGGAUAUUGUGCAGCUUGGAAUCGAUUUCAGAGGUGGCGAGGAGACGAUCUUUCGUUGCGUGCGGAUACGGAUUGAGUGCAAUCGGUCCUGGCAGCAGCAGCCCAACGAAUUUAACAAAAAUACAGCCAGUCUUAUCAAGAACCUCGGCAAAGGCGACACCGCAGACUAUUCCGGUUGUCGUGAAUGUUCGAUUUGCCUUGGCUCCGUUUUGCGACCGUAUCAGUGCCUAUUUAUGGCAGCUUGUGCGCACGUUUGGCAUUACAAAUGCAUCAGCCGCCUGAUCCAUACCCCUGAAUACCCGAUGUUUCAAUGUCCCAAUUGCCGCGCCUACACGGAUCUGAGCGCCGAGGUUGACGAUACCAACGACUAUGACACUACCGAAAGGAAAGAAAGUGCACCAGAGCCCGAAUCCCAACAGACACCAGCGGCAGAAUCGUCAUCUGGCUCGCAACCGGGUCGGUUGGAAGCGGAUCGCGCCGUGGGUGAUUUGUCGGAUAGCGUGGUGGGAGGAGAUCAUCAGCAAGCCGAUACGCCAACGGAGGAGGGCCUUACCAACAACAUCGAAAGCAUGCGGAUUCAAGAUGAUGGUUCGUCGACUUCAGAACCAGAUGUUGCGCAGUCUCCAAAUUCGGUAUCCGCUUCCCUCGAACGCGCUGUGACGAAUGUGACUUCUGCGCCUCAGAUGGAUCUUUCUGAUGGGGUACCUGGCCUCCAAUCUCUGACACAAGCUACCAAUCCCCUUCCGAUUCGCCAAGCACAGCUACGUUCAGACACGCCAUUUCGCUCCGAAUCGUCCGAUGAUAACCCUUUGACGCCGAGAAACGACUCGGGACCCUUGGCUUUUGAUGGACGAGCCGGCAUGUCGUGA